CAGCUUUCUGACGAGACAGUGAAGAAGCACAGGCGGUUGGCAGAGCAGGUUGUGCUUACGUUAUUUGGGUAUGGUCAGGACCAAAGGGAGGAUUAUAUCUUCUUGAAGUUAUUCCAGCUUUCGAUCCACAAGGAAAUCCUGGCUGCACCGUCAAUUUCGAAUGUUGUAUGUGGACAUCCAAUGUAUAUUAACAUAGCGAUGCAGUAUGUCCACCCACGACAGAUCACAUACAUCCACAAAAUGCUGCAGGGUGUCAUCUGUGAGCUCCUGGACACUGUCGAUCUUGACAUAGAACCUGACCCU